AUGUCAGAGGACAAGCCUGGUUCAACAACGGCCAAGAUCAGCCCCUUGUCCUGGUCCGACCCAGAUCGGGCAAAGAUCCUGCCGGAUAUAGGGAAGGUUUGUGAUAAUGCUCUGCCUGGCUUAUGCUCCGCAGAUACCCCAGCUCCAGAUGCCUUGAUCACUUCACAAGAAACCUCCCUUGAGCAGAGUGCGCCGAUAGAAGUAACGUCGAUUGCUGAAACUCUUGGCCAGAAGACUAUGUCACCCAACGAGAUAAUACCGGAAAGUUCGUCGUCCAACAGCGCAUCAGUACCACGAGUCAAUGAGCCGCGAGAGCGCUCUGUCCAACCCGCUGAGAUGUCAGAUCUCGACGACUUAGCAGGAACGUCCGGUCCCCAUGUUUUUCGUUCCGGCUCAACACAUAGUUCAGAUCUGAUAGGAGAAGACGAAUCUCGGAAUGCGGCAUCCACUGUUCCUGAACCUACCGAAGUGGGUACGCACAUCCCGCCUGAGCAUCCUUCUACCAAUGGUUUGCCCGAUCGAGCUGCCCCUGCAGCGGCGAAGGAACAAGAGUCGGCGGAUUCGAAGUCGAAUGAGACGGUUGAAAGAGAUUCCAAUAUCUCUGAAAGCCAACCCGAAGCACACUCAGGUCCGUCUAUACCAACGAAGCGUCACACAAACCGCGACUUAGCUAGGAUAGCCUUGGUGUGUGCAAAAGGCACAGGUAUGACCGCGUUGGAGAUAAUCGACUGGCUGGCUUUGAGAUUCUCCUACUUGAAAAAAGGCCAGGGCGCCUGGGAGAAGAGUCUUAAGUCAGUUCUCUCCCAUCAACCUGAGUUCUACGGCGUGAAGCCUUCAGGACAGCCAUAUGAACGGGUUGUAUACAACUUCACCAGCACAGCCAAUAGGGCGAAAUACGAAGAAGAGUACCACGAGUACCUUCCUUUGCCUUCAGUACUGGGACCCCAGGACGGUCACGGGAAUGCCAGGAAGAUUACAUCACAGCGUGCUGUAGCGGACAAUGUCAUGCAGAACGAGGAAAUCCAGGAUGAACAGCCAACGCAGAUCAAGAGAAGAAUUACCCGAGCUAUCAAGAGUGCACCAAGCCGCCGGAAUGCUAUAACUCACGAUUCUCUACCGACACCAAUGAUGGAGGAGGUUACUACAGAUGUUGAACCAGGAUACAACCCAUUCGAGCGUGCCACUGUCUCACGCCUGACAAGGGCGCCUGUCGACGAUCUCGAAGCCCAACGCGGAACGGACUUCCGGAGUGCAUAUUCGCCCGACAUAGCGCCCUCAAUUGAGACCAUGACCUCGGAAGAGAAGGCUGCAAAGAUUGAAGAGAUCAAGGCCAGGCCAUCACGGAAGCAAUUCUUUGGAGCCAACUGGCGUUUGGCACAUGUGCGAAGAUACGGACGGGAGGAUGUUCAUGAUGAAAGCGAUGGUGCAUGGAAGUCCCACCACAUAACGGAGAGAUCGACGGCGGAUCGCAACUCUGCUCCGAACGAUCGCGAUGAGAACCAGUCUUUGUUACAGGUCUUCAAUCUUCCGACCAAUACUCGCCCUUUCAGUGACGGCAACGAGCUGGUUUUUCGGAAUACCACGUUGUCUUUCAGGGUAAUAGAGCAAUGA